GUGUUUAGCGCGGCGGCGGCGGCGGCGGCGCCGGGCCGGCCAGCCGAGCCCGGCGGACUCACGCUGCCCGACCUGCUGCCCAACUCCAGUCUGCUCGAGCUGGUGCAGGGUGACGCGGUCGACGACCAGCAAGAGGGAGCCGCCGACAGCAGUUUCUCGGGUCUGGCGCGCGCCCUCUCCACAGGCAACUUCACCUUCCUGAGCUCGUCGCCGCCGGCCGACGCCGGGCCCAUGGUCGAGGCCAGCACGUCGCCGGGCGGCAGCGGCGCUGUAGACAAGGUGGAACCGAUCGACAACAAAAUCGAACAGGCCAUGGACCUGGUCAAGUCGCAUCUGCUGCUGGCCGUGCGCGAGGAGGUGGACGUGCUCAAGGCCAACAUCUCCAAACUCGUCGACAAGAUCAGCGUGCUCGAGCGCGAGAACGAGGUGCUCAAGACGAACGCGUCCCCGGAGGUGCUGGCCCAGCUGGAGGCGACGCAGCCGAGCCAGGCGCCGUCGCCCACGCCGGGCGCCGCGGCGCCGCCCGGCCCGCCCGGCCCGGCCGGCCCGGCGCCCUAGCUGGUGGC